GAUCGGGCCAGAACGAACAAGUCUGCGGACCGGGACGGACUGCCGGUGCACGCACGUACGGACGAGAAAGAGACGAAGCAGUCAGCGUUGGAAUCGAUUGGGAGCCGCGGCAGCAGAGGCAGAGUGCGCGAGCCAGCGAGCGACGAGUCAGUCAGAGACGGACGGGGAGUCGAACUCGGGCCACGACGUUCUUUGAUGGGGGAUUUCAAACUGAGUGCGUCGGCGGCGAGCACCAACGGCACCAUCAGCACGUCCAGCACCUGCGGCAGCUCUGCGAACAGCAGCGCGUCUGCAGCCGGCGACUUCUACGCGUCGUACUUAGCCGGUAUUAGUGUCGGAGGCGGCUCGUCCGGGGGCGGCAUGCCGGCUGACAGCCUACUAAUCGAGAAACCCUCCGUGUCCGCAGGUAGCAAGAUGUCACCGAACCCGCCGAUGGCCGAACAACUGGACGGAGGCAAGGCGGCCAAGGAGGCGGCCGGCCUCUUGGGUGACGUCGACGAACAAGCGGCCACCAACGGAGAUUGCAAGCAGGAGCAGACCUACCACCACCACCAGGUCGACGGCCCUUCCCAGCAGAACAACACGCCCUGGUCGGACGACCUGCUGCUCAACGUACACAACGGCCUGCCCCCGGCGGCCGCCUACUUCGGCGGCCUCCAGCAGCAGCAGCAGCAGCAGCCCCGCCGGCCCAUCACGGCCGCCUUCCCCAUGCAGGCCGCCAGACACAUGACGCAGCCCAACAUGUUCCUGGCCGCGGCGGCCGCCGCGCAGACCAAGCCGGCCUCCGUGUGGUCGGCGGCCAGUCCUCCGCAGGGGGCCACCCCGCCCCACCAGCCGCCUCCGCAGUCGGCCUGGAACUCGGCGGGGCCGCCCAUGGGCCACAACCCGUGGAACGCCCGCGGCCGCUCGGUGCCCAACCUCAACCCGAUGGCCGCCGGCCCGAUGGCCAACCGCAAGCCGAGCCCCACCUUCAACCACCAACACCAGAACAUGCAGGUCAUCUCGCCCUCCAAGUACCGACGCAGCACCUCCUACCCUGGCAAGAACACCCUCUACCCUCCGGCCGGCGCCUACGACAUCGCAGCCCUCGAGGACAACAGGGACACCUUCGCCUAUCAGGACCGUCUGCCGACCACCAACGGAGCGAGUCCCCUGGACAACAUGCGCAGCCUCGAGCACUACCUCAACGAUCUGAUGCGCAGCCAGGGCACCAGCAACGGUGAACCUCACGAACUCAAAGGCUUCAUCAACUGCGGUACGGCAACCCUACAAAGUCUCGCCCAGCUGCACGGCAAAAGUCCGUUCUUCACUGGCUUGGACGAGAGCGGCGGCGCCUUACUGGACGACGGCGGCCACGGUGGCCUCGGCGGGCUGGGCCUCGGGCCCCACCCGGGCCUCGUCGGCGAGGCCGGCGGCCCCCAGGGAAUGCCCAACUCGGCGCAACCCCUGUCGUCGCCGUCGCGCUCGUCGCCACACAGUCAAGGCUCCGAGACUGGCGAGAGGUUCUCGCGCAAGGUGUUCGUCGGCGGUCUGCCUCCCGACAUUGACGAAGAUGAGAUCACAGCUAGUUUCCGCCGUUUCGGCCCCCUGGUUGUCGAUUGGCCGCACAAAGCCGAGUCCAAGAGCUACUUUCCACCCAAGGGCUACGCUUUCCUCCUCUUCCAGGACGAGAGUUCCGUGCAGCAGCUGAUCGACGCGUGCAUCCAGGACGACGACAAGCUGUACUUGUGCGUCUCGUCGCCCACCAUCAAAGACAAGCCGGUGCAGAUCCGGCCGUGGCGCCUGUCGGACGCCGACUUUGUGCUGGACGCGUCGAUGCCUCUGGACCCGCGAAAAACGGUGUUCGUCGGCGGCGUGCCUCGGCCCCUCAAAGCUGUGGAACUGGCCAUGAUCAUGGACCGUCUCUACGGAGGAGUCUGCUACGCUGGAAUCGACACAGAUCCUGAGCUCAAGUAUCCAAAAGGCGCGGGUCGAGUAGCAUUUAGCAAUCAGCAGAGCUAUAUAGCAGCCAUCAGCGCUAGAUUUGUCCAACUGCAGCACGGAGACAUCGACAAGAGGGUUGAAGUGAAACCUUACGUGCUUGACGACCAAAUGUGUGACGAGUGUCAGGGCCAACGCUGUGGAGGAAAGUUUGCCCCAUUCUUCUGUGCUAAUGUCACAUGUCUUCAGUACUACUGUGAACACUGCUGGGCCACAAUCCACUCAAGACCCGGCCGCGAAUUCCACAAGCCACUAGUGAAAGAGGGCGCCGACCGACCCCGCGCGGUGCCGUUCCGCUGGUGUUAACCACGGCAACUCUUAGGCACAGCUUAAAUUUUGGGAAUUGGGAGUAACUAAGCAAGAAAUUUAGCGUCAAGAAAAUGUUAAUCUAUUGACUAAGUAGGUUUCAAUUUUGGGGUGGCACUUGGCUGUUUUUAUUUGACUUCUCGGUUCGAGGCGGCGCCGCACUCGCGCCGCCCAACACUCGCACUCGCUGCGUUUUAACUCCUUGUUGUCCUUAUCUUUUCUGUUUUUAGUCUUCUCUUUUUGGCGGGCGGCGGCCGACGGGCGGCAGCGAAAAAUAGUACCUGCACCCAUGGCGAACCCCCGCCCAAAUUUAGCGAGCGUCACCCCAACUAUCUCUCUCUCACACACACACUCUCACUCACACACACACACCCACGGUUUUAAUUGAUGCUUAUAUCAUGUCUAGGCUAGUGGAAUUAAUCGUUUUUCAGUUUUAUAUAAAGCAACUGACCCUUAUGUAAUCGAUACGGAAAAGACACGUUGGCGUCGGUCCGGCGCUCUUUCGGCCGGACGCACACACUUUUCACACUUUUGUCACGCAUAGGGGGGUUUUUGGUCAAAAAAUUCUCUGCCAAAAUUUCUUCACAAAAUAUCUAGUUAAACAAAACGUGUAAAUAAUCACACACACACACACACACAGACAGACACACACAAGCGAAAACAUGCUCGCAGCGUCAUCAGCAGUCGCUCUUUGUACAGCUUUUUCAAUGUGAUAGCUUUUUUCUCUCAGAAAAAAUGACUGUUUUCUAUUUGAAUAAUUAAUUAAUUAAAAAGAAGAAGCCAUUUUUCACAGCUGUAUAUAAUCAUAGGAUGUAGUUUUUAACUAAAAAAAAGAGAAAACAACACGAAACGGAGAUAAAAUGUGAGUCGGUCCGCUUCGGACGCGACGCGCGAGUAGUUGCAAAUUCUUUUUACUAGUGAUGAUGAACAGAAAAACGCUGUUUUUAUGUGAUUUAAUAAGUGUAAGCCCUUAACAGAAGAUAUCCGAAACAUAAAAAGUAUUAUUUACCCUUGCGAGUACCGACAAAACUUGCAAAAGUCGCGAUUGGCAGAGAUUUUUUGUUUCGACGCACUCGGGAGUUUUUUAUUUUCCAUACGAGCAGAGAAUUCGAAACGAAUUUCAUGUAACGUAUUAGAAAGAAAAAAAAAUGUUGAGAAUCUCCCAUUUGGAAAACUAUCGCGGUACAAGUUGUUUGUUGAUAUGAGAAAGAAAGAAAGAAAGUAAUUUCUUUGCUAAUUAAUUACACUUACUACGCAACUUACACACACACUACCUUUGAAACAACUGGAACCCACACAUAAUUUUUACUAGAUUGCUCAGGCUGUUGAAUUUCUGAAGCGAAAAUCGAAUCGACACACACAAGCGAGUUCGAGACGUACUGGUUUUUUGUUACACACGACGACAUGAUGAAUAGGGUAUAAUAAUCGGUGCGCACACACGCAUAAUUAGUCGAUCAGAUAAUUGAAAAAUUACAAUAAUUAAUUGUCUCUCACAUACUUAACGCAUUCACACACUCAUGUAAUAGCAGACAGACAGAUGCAGAUUUUUGAUAAGCGGAAUUAAGAGCAGAAGGUGUUUGUCGGUUUUAAUUUUUUAUUUUAGAAAGUGGUACGUAGCAAUUGAAUAACGAUGCUAUUUUCUGCGCAUAACAAGACUGGUCCUUUUUGUAGGGAAUAACGUGAAAAAAAAAAUAACAAACAAACAAAUAGAGAAUGAGAGAGAAGAAAGGCGGAUCACUGUGGUAAAAACGACAAACGAAAUCAAUCAUAACGAAUCACACGCAUAAAAAACAAACUCUUUCGUUCUUCCCACCUUGGAUCAUUCACACACACAAACGCGAAAAAGCAAAUUGAGAAUUAAUUUUUAAUUGGUCGUUUUGAUUUGUAGAAUUUUGUUUCCGGCGCCCCACUCGGAUUUUGCGUCGUGACCAUCGUAGGCCGUCGCACGACUGAAUUUUUACAAAACGUAAAUUUGUACGAGCUGCUCUGCUUUUGUAGAAAAUUGUGAUACCCACGCGAUGAAUGAGAACUUUAGUCACUUUCGUCAGCACCAACUCGACUGACGCGCGCGCGCCUCAUUGUUAUUUAAUUCCUAAUUUGAGUCUUUUUUAAAUAACUGACGGGUCUUAACUUUUUGUAAAUCAAAACGAGUUCUUAUACCAUAUUAAACUAUUAUUUAAUUACACACAGUAGUCAGCAAAUCGUUAUAUAUUUAUUUUGCAAAGAGAGAAAAUAAUAAGCAACUUUAGUUCCUAUGUCGAUUUUAUCGUUUACAAAUUGAAUUUGCAGUCGACUUUUAUUAUUUGUACAUAUAUGCAAACAAAAAUUUGUACAUAUGUAAUAAUAACUAAUUUUGGACACAAUCCGCCAACACAUUGUUUUAGUUGUUAAGUUGUCUGUGUAAAUAAUUUGAUUUUUCUUUUAAUUGCGAAAAUCUCUCGAGGUCUACAAAAGCAAGCAACUCCGAGUGGGCACGACUUAUUAGAUUAUUGUAUUACUAGUUUUUAGCCAAAAAAAAAAGAAGUUACCUACAGAAAACAAACACCGUUUUUAAACCGAUUGUUUUCGCCAUUUUACUCAAUUGUAUCCGUUGCAAAUUACCAAGCAAAGCCUUCUACGAGUAAUAAUAUUAAUGAUUAAUGACGCAAUUUAAUACAUAACCUAAUCAGGCACAGAAAUUUUUCACACGAAAUCACUCGCAAAAUUUUUAACUAAAGAAAUUCAAAUUUCUCUGGAACGGGAACGUCGCGAUCUGGUAAAGUGCGGGGAAUGAAACGGAAAACUUUUGAGAAGGAAGCAAGUUGAGAAAAAAAAUUACAAGGAGAAUUCAUUAACAACCAACAACCUAUUAAAUAUUUUCAAUGUAUUUGUGUGAUAAUAACUUAUUAUUAUAUGAAAAAAAACUACAACUCGUCAUUACUUGAAUGUCUUAACAACUACUAUAUUAGAUGAUAAUAAUAAUUAAAAAUGCACGAUGCUAGUGUUUUUCAAAAUAAAAUUUUGGAUGUUGACGAUGAGGAGGAAGAGAGUGCGGGAGAAAACUGAUUUUUACACUCGUUGCGAAAAAAGAGGAAUUAAACUAACCUUGACGAACUCCUUUGAUUUAGAUACUGAGCGAUGUAGAAUGCCAAAAUUUAAAAAUGGAACAUUCUGCUGUAAUUUUUUAUUCUGCCUCAAAGGUGAAAAAAGAAGGAAAACUCUCGGAAAAAUAACUGUUACAAAAAAAAAACUAAUUUUAAUAUCUUGUAUGACUUUUCACACUACUAUAUAAAUACUGAGAAUAGGAAUAUGUGAUGAAUGGUUGGUCAUUUUUUCAAUGUGCAAAAUUGUGCAUUGCAAGUUAAGGGAAAAAUUCAUACAAAACUGGUUUGGAAAAAAAUCACACAUAAAACUAUACACGCUACACUUUCGGGUUUUAAAAACUCCCAAAAAAAAAAAAAUUAAACUAUGAUGUAUGGAUAAAAUAUUAUUGCAUUGAAAAGUUGCCAUUUUCACUCAACAAGCCCCAACACACAAAAAAGUCGCGGUUUACGGUUAGUGAUUUUACUAUACACACAGAAAUAUGGUGAGGUGCGAAAAAUUUCCAUUUUUUUACCCGACACUCGCAGCUCUUGACGACGACGAUACGAUCCUUUUCCAAAAUCAAAAAAAUUUGUUUCCUCAGCCUUUGUUUUCUGUUAUUUGUUCUGAUUUAUUUUUAUUUUUUGAGAUGAUGUGGAAAACUACUAAGUUAUUGAAUAAGUUAUGAUAGAAUGUAUAAUUUUCGUUGUUGCUUCUUGAUAUAAAAACAAACAAACAAAAAUAUACUUACCAAGUGAAUGUGUUAAAUACUUUGUUGUAAAACUGGCGCGCCUUUGUCUGAAACGAAUCCCCCCCCCCCCCCCCCCACCGGAAAAAUCCUCCGGAUAUGUUUAUUUUUAUUUUUCUGUCCCCUCGCAAGGAGAAAUCUCACAGUUGGAUGAUCAGAAAAGGCGCUGCAAGUUGAAGGAAAAUUUUGUUAUCGGCAUAUCCUAUUGGUAUUUUCACAUCACACUAGUGUUAAUCGAAGAAUAGCUGUGUUGUUUUUUGUAUAACCAAUAUCGAUAAAAAGUAACUGAUAAAAAUUAGCGAGAAGUAUAAAACCAGAAAAACCAAAAAUACUACUUUGUGUAUUUUUUAGCCAAAUAUUUUGUGCUUGUUUAAUUCUUUCGAGAGGAAUUCAAUUAAUACGAGAGUGGAACAUUUGCAGUUUUAUACGAAAAAGUUAAAAAAGGUGAAAAAGCAAGCGAGCUGUUGAUUUUGCCUUUAUAGCAUGGAAAUUAAUCUUAUAUAGCAAACAAAAAACUUCUCAAUGCAAAGUUGAUAUUUCGUUUUUAUUACUAUCAUUAUUUUUUUCAGUUGAUUUCAUAUAUUUUUCUUUGUAGUUUUAUAAAAAAAUAAAAUUGAUGAUUUGAAUUUGCUUUUCGUUUUUAUUGUUCUCCUUUUGUUAUUCCUUUUGCAUGUAUACACGGAUUUGGAGAAAGGAAGGAAAAACGCUCCUCCUCGCACCCCGGCUUUGAUGACGAACAGCAAAAUUUCGCAACAAUUGAAAAACACACGUACACACACACACCCAAUAUCAAACUGCCUGUAACUUUAGUCUCUAUAGCCUCUCUGGUACAAAAUAAUUAAGAAGUUUUCAGUUCCGAUCUGAAACGUUUGUACAUACAUGAUUGAUUAAUUACUACGCUAAUCAACUGACUAAUUAAGGCCACACACAAACAAACAAACAAACUCACUCGCAAAUUAUUCAUAUAUUAACAAAAUAUUAUAUAAUAUAAAAUUAACUACAAAGCUGGUUCCCUACGUAGCAAUAUGACACUAAUUCGUAAUUAAAUAAGAAUUAAUAAUUUCUGGCCAACUUUACAAUUCUUUCGAAUCGGGCAAAGAAGAAGUCGGAAAAAUCCACACACACACACACACACACAAACACACACUUCGUCACAAACAACGUUGAACAACCAAUUGCGAUGGCAACUCCUAGGAUAACAAUACAAUUGAGAGUUGAUGAUUAAUUAGCUGAUCUUAUUCGCACACUCGUGUAACACACUUGAAAUUGUAACAAUACUCACAAGAAAAUAAUAUUAACAAAGACGAACAAAAAAUAAAUUAGCGAGACAAACAAAAAAGCCACAGCUGGUGUUAUUUUAACUCGGUGUUUAUAUCAAUGGAAUUAAUUAUUAUAUACCGCGAAAGGAUAAGUUUAGCUCUCUGAAUAACUACUAAAUAUUGUAACCGUUCUUCACACACGCUCCGAAAAAAAAAUUAAGCAAAUCUGUCUCGUUGUAAGGAAUAUAUAGAGUUAAUUAAUUACAUACACUCAAAUUAUUUUUUCAUGUCCCCCACCCGAAGUGAGCAUAAAAAGUUAUAUUAUUUGUGCAGCUUCUCGAUUUUAACCACACAUACACACGAAAAACUAACGCUAACCGUUGUACAUUAUUAACAUAAAGGGCAAGUUACAAUUAGAGAGCAGUUUUUGGCCAACCACGAAAAUGGAUUAAUAUAAUAUUCAUCGUAGCUGUGAAUUUUAACGGUUAUUUGAGCGCGAGACGUAGAGGAUGUGAUUGUUUUUUGUAUUGAGCAACGGCAUGCGUGAUAUAAUUAAACACCGCGCGAGUAUAAAUGAGAUGUAUUUAACCAUUUUUAAGAAGAAUUCAGCCAACACGACUCAAAUCGCAAAAAAAGAAAUGGUUCUCUCAUGUAAAACAUUUCAUGUUUAACCUCGGAUUUAAGGCAAAAGAAGAAGAAGAAAACAGAAAAGAAAUUCAUGAUACUCUCGUGUAAUAAUAUCUCUGUAAUAAGGUGGAAAAAUAAACAAAUGUCGUCACUUGGAAUGACAGUUAAAGAAUUUUGGCUCCACUGCAUCUGAUUUUAAAAUGGAACAGAAAAAAUGGAUACACACAAAUGGCUGAAUACUUUUUUCAGUUAAAAGCGAGUUUAAAGGACCUCUCUGGUGUUUUAUUUUUAUUCUUCGUUUUUUACAAUCUCAAAUUCAUUAAACUGCAAUCAAGAUUGCUAUCCAAAAAUUCAAAUGGCUAAGGAAUGAAACAGGAGAUAAUUUGAUGAAAAUUACUGAGAUCGAACUGAAAUGCAAAUGAUUUUGGUGGGAGAUUUUGUGUGUGUUUAAUUUUUUUUUUCUAGAAUUAUAGAAUAAAAAUAAUUACCAAGCAGAGUCUGCCUUUAGUGAAAAUUUUUUUAAGAAUGAAAUAAUUGCUAUUCAGCCAGCGUUUAACUUCAAAUCAAGUGGCCUUAUUCUUUAACUCGAAACACACAAAAUACAAAAUCGGAUUUCCGCGAAAUUAAUCUCUUAAAAAGCUUCAUACAGAUCGAUAUGAAAAGAUACGCUGCAUUUAAAGGACCCUCGUACGCAUACUCUCUCUAAUAUUAAUUAAUUACUUGUAAUCAAUCGAUCAGCAAUACACUGCAGUCAAAAUCAAUUUCUUAUUCCCACGUGCAAAUUUCUUUGAGAAUGAAAUUUAAACAACAAAAAAUACUUUUAGAUACACUCGUUUGAUAUUCAAAGAAGGUUUAGUGUGAUAGGUGGUGAGGGCUGGUAAUUACAAUUAAUUUUUUUAACUAUGAUGUACACCCCUUUUGUAACACAUUUUUGAGCCGCGCGCGCGUAAACGAGAGCACAAUUAAUUCAAGACCGAAAUACGUAUAUUUAAAAAUUGAGUGGCCCAAGAAACAAUUAAUGGGGGAGAAAUAACGGAGCAUCUCAAAAUCGCGGCAUUUCAUUGAAAAAAGAAAGAAAGAAACAGAGGAGAGACCUUUUUACGAUUUUGCAAUCUCACACUCACUCACUUACACAUACAAGUUGUAAACAUGAUAAUAACAAUAUGGUAUUUUGCAUAUCUUUUUGAGACGCAUUCCUCUUUGCAUUGUACUAUAAUAAAACCUAGUGUGUAAAAAUCUCGUAUUUGUAAAACUUUCUAAGGUGUACCACGCGCGAGAUGUGGAGAGGGAAUUUUCAUUGAUCAUUAUAUAUUUCCGGAAAAAAAAAACCAAAGAGAGAGAUUGAUGUAAAAUGCAGCCAGAAGUUCUGUCUAUUUCUGAUAAGUACUCGGACCUACGAUUUAUAUAAGAAGGAACCACUCUCUCACUCUCACAUACCUAGGCUUUUCUGACGUGUAUAAUUAAUAAAGUGUAAAAUUACGAAUCUAUUUUCUACAUGAUGUAAAGCGACGAACGAUAUUUAAUCGGUUGAAUUAAAAACUCGCGAUUAAUUGAGACGCACUCACGUACUGGCUACACGAUAGUUGAUCCAUUAAUUCCCAUUUUAUAAAUGAAUAAAAAUAAAUAAUUGACAAAAAAAAAAUAAUAACAC